CACACAGACAUAUGCACACACUCUCUCUCUCUCUCACAGACACACACACAGGUGUGACUGUCACAGAGAGAAUUUGUAUCCAAUUUGGCUAAUGAAGCCAAAUGCAGAACACGUGUGAGUGAGACCUUAUGCAUGCACAUGCACACUCACAUGCAGAGAGAGCAAGACAGAGAUGAAACAGAGAUAAAAGACAACUGACCUUUUCCACUGUAAAAAGUUUACGUCUAGAUGUAAGAGCUAGACCUGUGUUUGGAAAACAAAGGAAUUGUUCCCACACAAAGGCUAUAAAAGAGGGUCUUUGGUGUCCUGCACACAGUUCAUUCUGUGCUGGCAGUAUGACAAAGCGCUACACUCUCCUCGAGACACUGGACCACUUGUUGGAUUCCAGCGAAACUGAAGAUGCCCUGGAAGACUCUGAGCCAGAAGACUCUGAGCCAGAAGACUCUGAGCCCCCUGAAGACAACACAGGGUUAGAAGAUUACCAGGAAUCGGAUGAUGACUGUGAGGAGGGAGAUGCAGAUCAAACCUUCACUUCUAAAAAUGGGCAAGUAACCUGGUCUACUACCCCACCUUCCCAGGGGCCAGGGAGAGCUUCAGCAGCACGUGUGACAAAGCUGACACCCGGACCGACAAGGUACGCAUGUUCUCGUGUAGAGGACAUAAAGUCAUCUUUUUUAUUGUUUUUUCCACCAAGCAUCCAAAGCAUCUUGGUGGAGAUGACAAAUUUGGAAGGCAAGCGAGUAUAUGAUGCUGACUGGAGGGAUGUCGACUGGACUGAUAUUGAGGCAUUUAUUGGUCUGCUUAUUCUUGCCGGAGUUUAUCGUUCUAACAAUGAGGCCCUGUCCAGUUUGUGGGAGGCAGAAACUGGGCGUGCGAUUUUUUGUGCUGUAAUGACUCUGAAAAGGUUUAAAACUUUAUCAAGAGUCAUCCGAUUUGAUGACAGGGCAACAAGACCUGCUCGCCGAGAAACUGACAAGCUGGCACCAAUUCGGGAUCUGUGGGAUUUAUGGGUUGAGCGUCUCCCACUAAUGUUCAACCCUGGUUCAGACGUAACGGUGGAUGAGUGCCUGGUGCCAUUUCGAGGUAGAUGCUCAUUCAAGCAAUACAUGCCUAGUAAGCCGGCGAAAUAUGGAUUGAAAAUCUGGGCAGCGUGUGACGCCAGAACGAGUUAUGCAUGGAACAUGCAAGUUUACACCGGCAAACCUCGAGGUGGCCAGCCAGAGAGAAACCAGGGCAUGCGUGUGGUCCUUGAUUUGACCACUGGUCUGCAGGGACACACAGUGACGUGUGACAAUUUCUUCACUUCCUAUGCCCUUGGCCAGGAGCUCCUGAGAAGGAAGUUGACCAUGGUUGGCACAGUUCGAAAAAACAAACCAGAACUCCCACCUGCUCUACUGACCACGAGAGACCGAGCUGUGUUUUCUUCUCUUUUUGCGUUCAAUGAAACACACACUAUUGUUUCGUAUUGCCCCAAAAGGCAUAAAAAUGUGCUGCUCAUGAGCACAUGUCACAAGGAUGGCAAAAUCAGUGACAGGGAGGACAAGAAGCCAGAGGUCAUCUUGGAAUACAAUCGCUGCAAAGGCGGAGUUGACAACCUUGACAAG